AUGAUCGACUUUAGCGAGGCCAUCGAGGAUUGCAGAUUACUCGACUCGGGCUUUGACGGUGCGAACUUUACAUGGGCAAAGAACAACUUGUUUGAAAGGCUGGACAGGAGUCUAUUGAAUGAGUCAUGGUCGCGGCUGUUCGAUGCUACACGGGUAACGAACCUCCCCCGUAUUGCUUCGGAUCAUGGGCCGAUCCUUGUAAGGUGCAAAUUGAGGAAUUGUCACAAUGGAGGGAGAGCAUUCCGAUUUCAAAAUAUGUGGACUCGGCACGAAGGAUUUGCAAACCUUGUGCGUGAAGACUGGUCCCAACCCACGGGGGCCGAGGGCCUCCUAAACCUCCAGCUUAAGCUCUCGAGAAUGAAAAAGGUCCUCAACAGGUGGAAUAAAGAAACAUUUCGUAACAUCCACACCAACCUAAGGGAUAUGGAGGGAAGGAUAGUCGAGGCUCAAGCAGAUUUUGAAGCAAUGCCGACGCCCGAAAACAGGACGUUGAUCAACAAACUUAUAGCCGAGUACAUCCUUCGCCUCAAGAUGAGGAAGACUUUUGGCAACAGAAAGCGACCCUCCGAUGGCUAG